AAAGUCUCCUCUAAUAAAUGUAAUAAAAUGGCAGUAGAGCUCAAAUGUAGAGCUAAGCAUAAGGAAGUUUUUACCAUUAUAAAAAUGCAUCAUAAGUGGAAAAAGAGGAUGUUGUAAUCAGAUUUGAAAAAAAAAGAGCAAAAAUCUGUUCAGUGGAAAAUGAUAUGCUGAUUUUAGUCAGUAGUGUGGGAGGAAAAGUAAAAACAGUGGUUCCUCUUUUUUCACGGUUAUGUUUAAUUUUUAAGUUUAAAGUGAUAAAUCACAACAACAAUCACCUCAGUGCACUUUAAACGGCAAGGUAAAGACAUUUUACAGAAUUAGGGAGACAACCACAACAAUCAGACAGUUCCCAAUGAGCAAUCACUAGUGUGUUAGGAAGGAAAACCCAGCAGGACUAAAUCUCUGACAACCUCAGAGAGGAGCAGUAAUCUGCCAUAACCAGUGGUGAGGUGAGCAUAGAAAGACACACCCAAAUCUUACAGCUUGAGCUUAAUUCACCAUUUUAAGCUUAAAUCAGGAUGACCUGCAUGCAUAGCCUGCUAACCAGCAAAGCACAAAACUGCAGAUGGCCCACUGAAGUCCCACUUUUAAUCUAAUUUAAUUUUGUUUACAAUAUGAUGGUGGAAAUUUAUCCGACAAGAGUACUCUUAAACAAGAAUAUGAACUGUGACAGAUAUGUGACAAGACUUGAUGAAGUGGAACUAUUUGUCAAAAUUCAGUUUCAACAUUUCCAUAUAUCCAUUUUCUCAACCAAUUCUGAAUAAUAAUAAGGGGUAGGGUACACCCUAGACAGGUUGGCAGUCUAUUGCAGGUCCUUCAAUUCUGGAGCUCUUUCUGUACUCCAUCCAUCUAACCAUUUUCUUCCACUUAUCCAAUUGAGGGUCGUGGGGAGCUUGAGCAUAUCCCAUCUGCUACUGGGCAAGAGGUGGGGUACACCCUCGACAGUAGUUAAUCUAUCACAAGUAGUGAUAGACGGAUGCCUAUCCUAGCUCCUGUGGCAGCUUGGAUAGGCAAGGGGAAUAGGACAAGUGGAAGCAAUCACAGGCAGUUUAUCCCAGGUGGAUGGAAAAUACUGGCAAAUAGAGCAUUCUUUCAUCAUCGGCAUACUGUAAAACGACCAAAACAGAGCUAAAUACAAAAUAUGAAUUAAUGUCAGAGCUCCAUAAUUUGCUGUGGUGAAUAAAUUAUCUAUAACAGCUUUAAAAAGAGACUUAACAGAGAUAGCAUGUAUGCUUUUAGUCCAACUUAAUAGAAAUGAAUACAUUUAUUACUACACAUUGAUCAUAAGUAUACCGGUAGUUCUUUCUUUUGUUUCACCAUGCAUGUAUUUAUAGUCCAAGCCUGCGCUGCUCUACACAGGAGGACUGCACUAGAUUAAUUUAUUAUUUGUUUUAAACUUCAAGUUGCUACAACAGUCAAGGAGAUCAAAUCUUAAUAUUUACUGAUCUCAAAGAGAAAAACAAAAGAAAAAAAAGGCAUUGAUUGUAACUCAAUACUUACACCAAACAGAAGACCACUGCACCCAAGGAAUUAAACAAUUAAGAUGUGGUGUUCUCCCUCUGACCUAAACAAACAUCACUGCCUAACUAAACCUAGCAGAAAUAAAAUUGUGAAAAUAAAACUACCAGACACAUUUGAAACAAGAACAAAGAAUCCUAUUAACACGAACUACCAAGAGAUGUCCUCCAGCUCAUUAACUCAACCAGAGAAACUUGAAAGAAAAGAGAUCUAAUUAUAAGUCAAACAUCAUAAAGGAGGCCAGCAGGGAGAGGACAGGAGACAGAACACCAGGACCGUUACUUCCCUCCUUAAGUAAGUAGGUCUGUUGAUAUUUAGAUUAUCAAAAUGAUUAGUCUCUGUCUACACUUUGUUAAAUAACCCAAUUGUUUGAUCUUUGGGCUGAAGGAAGAACAACAUUCGGUGUAUAAAAAUGCUCAAUCAACAAUCUAUUCCAUACAAUUCUCAUUAUUCCAUACAACACUUCGACCAUGAACGUCUAGACGGGAGAUGUGGACAGGAGGGUGUCCGCCAGAUCUCGAAGUAUCUCACCGUUUCUCACAUGCUUAUAGCUUCAGCACCCCUCCAAAAUCAUAAAACCUAAACAUCCACGUUCUUUCUCUCUUGGUUAGCCUAAGUUAUGAUCUUGGCUUCCUGUGCAGUAUGUUCUGUUCUUUCUAAUCAGACAAAUAAGGCCAUGAUUCUCUGAAAACACUAUUUCUUAUAAAUCAGCAGUAUAAUGCAUCAUAAAACAAUGUAAUUCAUUCACAAUAAAUCAGCAACCUUCUUCUAAGUCAGGAGUAAAAUGCAACCUAAAACUACAUAAUGAUUUCACAAUCUUUAAUUAGAGGUAUACGUGGCAUAAGAUAAUAAAAUAAUCUCACAACUUAUAAAACACAGUAACUCUAACAUUACACUUAAUGUUACGGCAAUUAGGAUCCUUAAAGAAACAUUCACACCCAAUAGCCAGUUGUUAUCUAAUAAUGCUAAUUUGGGAAGACGUGUAUCUGUUGCAUCUGUCCUCUCCGUCAUGUGAUGAAUGGCCUCUGACAGCCUCUGCGGUUAAACAUUAAGACGGCACUAGUCCCUAAUGGAGACUAACCAGUAGGCCGUGCACAUAUAAUUCUCACAAAGGGCACAAAGUCCUCUCUAAUUGGCCACUACUUAAAUCUUGGGCAUAUAUUUGGAAAUCAGACAAACUUCUUCUCUGGAGAGAAACUUAGAAGGAGCCAGAAGGAUAACUAAAGCUGAAAAAACAGUCACAUCACACGAUAUUCUAUGCUGUUUGAAAUCAUAACUGAGAAUAACAUAGCUUAUUUACGCGGUGGGCAGAGGAGGUGACCAAAAGGACACGCUGUCAUAUAUUUAGACUAACGGGAACACUCUGAUAACGUUUCCUAGACUGACAGGACCAGAGUUUAUUCGCCAGUGGAAAACGUCAUACCAGAGUACAGCUGAGCCAAAAGGGAAUAUUCCAACUUCUGAGUGUAUUUUUCUCACCACAUUUCCUCCUCCUCCUUCUCUUUCUCUCUCGGGGAUCCAGUCAGAUCCAGUCUGGAUGAAGCGGACGUCUUGGUGCGAGAUAAUCGUCAGAUGAUAUGAGUUAAUGAGGCGGAGAUGCAAGGAGACAGACUCAGACGUGCUCUCAUGCCAGGACAGGUGUGCCACCAGUGAGAGCGAGAGGAGGAGAAAACGAAAGGCGCAAAGAGAAUAAAGAGGGUGGUUGCGUAGAUAUCAAGCGGAGAAGAAGUCACUUUCCAGGUUCUCGAUAUGGAAACCGGGCAGAGCGCACCGGCGUCGGACAUGGGGGGAGACCACACAGCUGGGGUGUGUGUGGUGGAGCGGGACCGAGAGAGGGGCGACGUGUCCAGCCCCAGUCCACCGACUAAGCAGCGCUCUCUGCGGGUCGUCUACGUCCUGAACGAUGGGCUUAAGUCGGUGAUGGCGAGCAGCCCGGAGUCCGGAGCGCUGCAGUGUUUGCAGAGAGCCUGUGAUUCGGAGAGCGCCCUGCUCACCACCGUCACCUUCGGAAGGUUGGACUUUGGAGAAACAUCAGUACUGGACAGUUUCUAUGAUGCAGACAUUGCAGUCGUGGAUAUGAGCGAUGUGUGUCGGCAGCCCUCCUUGUUUUACCACCUGGGUGUGAGGGAGAGCUUUGACAUGGCCAACAAUGUCAUCCUAUACCAUGACACCGACCCCGACACUGCCCAGUCACUGAAGGACAUGGUGGCACAGAAAAACACAGCAUCCAGUGGUAACUACUACUUCAUCCCCUACAUAGUCACCCCUAACCACGAGUAUAUGUGCUGUGAAAGCGAUGCCCAACGGAGGGCAAGCGAGUACAUGCAGCCCAACUGGGAUAACCUGCUGGGCCCACUGUGCGAUCCCCUGACCGACCGCUUCACCAGCCUGCUGAAGGACAUCCACGUAACAUCCUGUGCUUCCUUUAAGGACACCCUGCUCAACGACAUCAGGAAGGCUAGGGAGAAGUACCAGGGAGAGGAGCUGGCUAAGGAGCUUUCACGCAUUAAACUCCGAAUUGAUAACACAGAGGUCCUAACACAGGACAUUGUCAUGAACCUGCUGUUUUCCUACAGAGAUAUACAGGACUAUGAUGCCAUGGUGAAACUGGUGCAGACUCUGGAGAUGCUGCCAACAUGUGAUCUGGCUACCCAGCCCAUGAUCCAGUUUCAUUACUCCUUUGCCCUGAACAGGAGGAAUGCUCCUGGAGACAGGGAGCAGGCUCUCAGAGUGAUGCUGCAGGUGUUGCAGUCCUGCGAACAUCCUGCACCAGACAUGUUCUGCCUCUGUGGACGAAUCUACAAGGACAUUUUUCUCGACUCUGACUGCAAAGACACUAAAAACAGGGACAACGCCAUUCAGUGGUACAGAAAGGGCUUUGAGCUGCAGCCCACUCUGUACUCGGGUAUUAACCUAGCUGUCCUCCUCAUAGUUGCUGGCCAGCAAUUCGAGAGCUCCAUGGAACUCAGAAAAAUAGGGGUGAGGUUGAACAGCCUGCUGGGGCGCAAGGGUUCCUUGGAAAAGAUGAAUAACUACUGGGACGUCGGCCAAUUCUUCACCGUUAGCAUGCUAGCGAGUGACAUUCCUAAAGCUACUCAGGCUGCAGAGAAGCUCUUCAAGCUGAAGCCACCUGUUUGGUAUUUGCGUUCAGUAGUGCAGAACUUACAGCUGAUCCAAAGGUUUAAAAAGCAAAAUUUGGAGCAUUCUCCUCAGAGAGAGAAACUCAACUUCUGGAUGGACAUCAUCGUCGAGGCCACGCAGUGCACCACCAACAGACUGCGGUUUCCAGUGCUGAUUCUGGAGCCCACCAAAGUUUACCAGCCAUCCUAUGUGUCUAUCAACAAUGAGGCUGAAGAGAAGAACGUCUCCAUCUGGCAUGUUUCUCCUGCUGAAACGAAAGGUAUUCAUGAGUGGAACUUCACUGCAAUGUCCAUCAAAGGCAUUAGUAUCAGUAAGUUCGAUGAGCGUUGCUGCUUCCUCUACGUCCACGAUAACUCGGAUGACUUCCAGAUCUAUUUCUCUACUGAGGAGCAGUGCGGUCGGUUCUGCUCCAUGGUAAAAGAGAUGAUAUCUGAUGGUACUGGGAAUGCUGUGGAGCUGGAGGGGGAGGGUGAUGGAGAUACGCUAGAGUAUGAAUAUGACACCGAUGAGACAGGGGAAAGGGUAGUGUUGGGUCGUGGCACCUACGGAGUGGUGUAUGCUGGGAGAGAUCUCAGCAACCAAGUCCGAAUUGCCAUCAAAGAGAUCCCUGAAAGAGACAGCAGGUACUCUCAGCCCCUUCAUGAAGAGAUCGCUCUUCACAAAUACCUGAAGCACAGGAACAUUGUUCAGUAUUUGGGUUCCAUUUCUGAGAAUGGAUACAUUAAGAUCUUCAUGGAACAAGUGCCUGGAGGAAGUCUGUCUGCAUUGUUACGGUCGAAAUGGGGUCCUCUGAAGGAGGCAACAAUUAUCUUCUACACCAGACAGAUUCUGGAAGGUCUCCGAUACCUGCAUGAAAACCAGAUCGUCCACCGAGACAUCAAGGGUGAUAAUGUCCUAGUUAACACCUACAGUGGUGUCUUGAAGAUCUCUGACUUUGGUACCUCAAAACGGUUGGCAGGAGUCAAUCCCUGUACAGAAACAUUCACAGGUACCUUGCAGUACAUGGCUCCAGAAAUAAUUGACAAGGGCCCUCGAGGCUAUGGGGCACCAGCUGACAUUUGGUCCCUGGGAUGUACCAUUAUAGAAAUGGCCACUGGGAAACCUCCCUUUCAUGAGCUGGGGGAACCACAGGCAGCCAUGUUUAAGGUUGGCAUGUUUAAAAUUCAUCCAGAGAUUCCAGAGUCUUUGUCACAGGAGGCCAAGUCAUUUAUUCUACGUUGCUUUGAGCCCGACCCUCACAAGAGGGCCAUCGCCUUGGACCUGCUCAGAGACACUUUUGUCAAGCACAACACCAAGGGCAAGAAGAGUAAGAUCGCCUUCAAAUCACCAGACUAUAUCCCUAACAUCUCCCUGCCAGUGCAGGUGCAAGGCGAGGCCGCUGGCAGUAGCAGCAGUGAGCACGGCUCUGUGAGUCCCGACUGCGACGCAAAACACGACAUAUUCUUUGACAAGAGGAAAAGCUCUGGCUCCAAGAAUCUGCUCAAACCUCCCAGUUCUAACUACCUGAGUGUGCCUGAUGAGGGUUCAGUAUCAGAGGACCGCUCUGUUCCCCCAUCUCCUGAGGACAGGGACAGUGGUUUGUUCAUGCUAAAGAAGGACAGCGAGAGACGGGCCAUUCUGUACAAGGUCCUCAAUGAAGACCAGGAAAAGGUCAUCUCCAACCUCAGGGAAAAUCACAUGCAGGGUAGCGAGGAUCUCCAGCUGUCCAUCGAUCACAUCAAGCAGAUCAUCUGCAUCCUUCGAGACUUCAUCCAUUCCCCGGAGCGGCGCGUCAUGGCGGCCACCAUCUCCAAGCUCAAGCUGGACCUCGACUUUGACUCCACAUCCAUCAACCAGAUUCAGCUGGUGUUGUUUGGUUUCCAGGACUCGGUGAACAAGGUCCUGAGAAAUCACCACAUUAAACCCCACUGGAUGUUUGCCAUGGAUAACAUCAUCCGACGAGCUGUGCAGGCUGCAAUAACCAUCCUUAUACCAGAGCUGCAGACCCACUUUGGCCCGGCGUCAGAGUGUGAGGGAGCAGAGAAGGAAGACGAGGUCGAUGAGGAGGAAGCAGAGUUUGGACCCAUUUUAGUGCAGCAAACUGACGAGACGGGGACAACGUCCGAUCACACACACUCUGCGGUCAGCACUGUGAACUCCUCCCACUCCCACGAACAUCAACGCUCACAUCAUCAUCUAGGCGCCCAGCUGGGCAGGCUCAAACACGAAACCAACAGGCUGCUGGAUGAGCUGCUACAAAAGGAGAAGGAGUACCAGCAGGUCUUGAAAACCACCCUGCAGCAGAGAACACAUGAUUUAGAGUUGGUCCGAGUCAGACACAGACCCCCAGACAUUUCACCUCCAUCCAUCCACCACAUCCCAGCAGACCAUGAGCCAGACAAGCAGCUCAUCGACUGGCUGAAAGAGCAGGGCGCAGACCCCGACACCAUAGACAAGUUUGUUCUUGAGGAAUAUACACUGACGGACAUUCUUCGUGACGUUACCAAAGAGGACCUCCGGUGCCUACAUCUACGGGGCGGAAUCCUCUGCCGGAUCUGGCGAGCCAUCCAGCGGCACAGAGAGCGAGACAGGCUGGCCAACGACAAGCGCUCAGAAAACAAUGCAUGAUGGAGUAGAAUUCUGUUGUGGGGAAAACACGCACAUGUUCACACAUUACCAUGAUCUCUCCUUUUUCUCUGACUCUACGGUGCCUUUUUAAAAAAAAUGUUGUUUUUGUGUUGUAUGUACAGGACUCACUGAAUCCACAUAGAGUCCGACUUGACCAGACCAAAGUGCUUUAGUGCAGGCACUACUGUGUGUACCUUUGUGCUUGAUAUUUAUGAAACAUGCUCCCCUAAUGUUUCUUCAGAGCAUUGAUUCUCAAGCUUUUUUGAAAUGUUCACUUUCAGGAGUGCCACAAUUUUUGUAUUUAAACAAGCACUACAGCCCUGAACUUUUUAGGGACUUUUCAGAAGUCACAUGCGACCUCUUUAACUUGACUGCUCCCUGGUACAAGCACGUCAUGUGGCAUUAACGGGUGUCAUGUUUACUGCCUUCACCUUCAACCAAGCUCCAAAUAUGCAAAUGUUUCUGGAGUUUGUUUCUGAAAUUGUGCAAAAUUCAAGAAUGACAAUAGGUUUAAUUUCACAUUGUGUCUUUGGCCAUCCUAAUGUCAAGGCUCUGUUUCUCCCAGAAGGACAUGGCUUGAGAACCACUGCUUUAGGAUGUUAAAAUCUGCUGUAUAUUGGUACAGUCAGCUGUGCUGUCUAUGAUGAAAAGAGUCCUCAGCAUUGAAUGAAUUUAGGUAUCUGCUGUAUUGCAUUCUGCAUCUUUAAGACUUGCAUUCUUCUAAGCAAACUGUCCUGCUUAGCUUAAAAUGUUGUGUCUCUAAAUAUACAUUUCAGCCUAAAGCCUUAAAUUAAACAUAAUGUAGCAUGCACAUAUAUCACUGCUGCUGAUCACUGCCUUUAGAUUUUUAUGCAUGUUAUUUAUUAGUCGUAACUACUCUCUUGUAUUCUCUAUCUGUAUUUAAUUUAUUUUUUAUUCCACCUGUCAUAUUAUAUGUUCUUUACAAUUCCAAUAAACCUGGGAAAAGCAA